GAAAAAGAUUUGAAAAGACAUAAGAAAUAUGAAUGUGGAAAGCCCCGAAGAUUUAAAUGUCCUUACUGUGAAUACCGUGGAAAAUUACGUUGUGCUGUUUAUGGACAUGUUCGAUCAAGACAUCCUCUUAUGAGUAAUGUACAAUGAAUCCACACAUUCAAAAUUAUCCAAGGAGAAGAAGAAGGCGAAUCCAUCAUUCAAGUUACAAUGAAGCCCGUCAUCAGUGUCCAAAAUGUGGUAGAGCUUACAACCAUCGUAGUAACAUGUUAAGACAUUAUAAAAAUGAGUGUGGUGUUCCUCCGCGUUUCCAGUGUCCUUAUUGUAAUAACAACUUUUCACAACGUACUAGUACUUGGUCUCAUAUCCGGAAAAUUCAUCCAAAUCAUGGUUUUUAUUAUGAUCCACUACACGAAUUGAAGACUACUGUUAUAGCAGACCGCAAUAUGAGAAUUUUCUAUUGUCCAAAUUGUUCAAAGUCAUACAAAUGGAAAAAAUCAUUGAUGGUUCAUUUGAGAUAUCAAUGCCGACAAUUGCCGAGAUUUGAAUGCCCAUAUUGUGGCGUUAGAAAUUAUCAAAAAGUUCAUAUUCUACGACACUUGCAAACUCACCAUCCAGGUUUAUCGGAAAUUUGUAGGGAUAUUGAAAAGAAUUCUAUUCAUCAUUUUUCGUUAUAAAUAAAUUUCUACAAAAAUGA